AGUGCUGCACAAUACCCCGCGGAAGUUGGUUGUGGAGAGUAAAGAGGCGACGGGAUGUUGUCAAUUUGCGUGAAAUAGUGUUAAAGCACGUCGAGUUUUUUACCUGGACGGGUUUUAAAUUCUGCUGCAGAAACGGAAGAACGUCUGUUGGAGCAACAUGUUGGAGUGUGGCAUGCUGGAGCAGGACAGACGGGCUCUGAGGAGACGCUCUGCUAUUCUCUGCAAACAGCUGGUGGUGGAUGAGCUGCUCAUUCAGUCCUUACAGGCUGAAGACAUCCUAACCGAGAGCAUGGCAGAGAGCAUCAUGGCUGAGCAAACAUCUCAGAAACGAAGCUGGCGCUUAUUACUACUCUUACCAAAGCGGGGGCCCAGAGCCUUUAGCAGCUUCUGCUCAGUUCUGCUGGAAACUGAGCAGCAGCACCUGUAUGACUUGCUCAUACAAUCACCAGAAAAAGAUGGCAAAGAGACACCUGUAGAGAGUAUACAGCCUGAGGAAGAGCCAGAGGGAAAUGCAAGGCGACUAGACAGACAGACAACUGAAAAGAAGAGAGAGACAUCCUCAGUAGACAGAGAAGAAGAGAGCGAGGUGAGCAGCACCUCAUCAUGCUCAGUCCGAGCCUCAGAAAGCUGUCUGCGGUCAGAGUCACCAUUCAAAGGAUUGGUCCCAGUCAGGGAGAAAGACAGGAAGACAGAGAGACAGAGGAUGAAGAAAAGAGGAAGAGAUAAGAUGACAGAUAGGUUUGUGGACUCUCCCCUGCCACUUCCUACCCAAGAAGAAAUUGCUGCCAAGAGAGCAAGGACAUAUGCAGAGUCCAUGGAGUUCAGUCUGGAUGCAGAUAGUCCCAUCAACACUCCUGUGCUCCCGUGCACUCCUGACUUUUACCUCUCUCACUACCAGCAGUCUUACAGAAUGAAAUCAUCCCCUCGUGGUUUUGCUUUGGUGAUCAGUAAUGUGACCUUUGAUCCUUGUGCUGCACCCGACCUUGACCCGAGGAAGGGAGGUGAGGUGGAUGACGAGGUCCUCCGGAAGGUUUUCACAGAGCUGGACUACGUGGUUACAGUCCACAGAGACCUCACUGCUCAGGGCAUGAGGACGUGCAUCGAGAACUUUUGCCGUCGGCAGACCCACCGGAAAGGGGACAGCAGUGUGGUGUGUCUGCUCUCCCAUGGAGUGGAAGGAGCUAUAUAUGGUACAGACGGACAGCUCCUGCCGCUGGACUGGGUGUUUGAGUCCUUUGACAAUGCGCGCUGUCCCCUGCUACAGAACAAGCCGAAGAUGUUUUUCAUCCAGGCGUGCAGAGGAGAGGAGAUGGACUGUGGAGUGGAGCAGAUCGAUGGGCCAGCGAGGACCUGCUCACCAGGCUGUGAACAGCGAGAUGCUGGGAGGGAAGAACAGGGGGAUGCAAACUCCAGACACGGAGGGGACAUGGGGAGGCCCAGGAUUAAACUGCCCCAGCGGUCUGACAUGAUCUGUGGCUUUGCAUCUCUCAAAGGUCAGAAAAUUUGCACAGCGGCGAUGCGGAACACCAAGAGAGGAUCCUGGUUUAUCCAGGAACUUAACACAAUGCUGCGCCACCACGCCAGAGACACACACCUUGCAGACAUCAUGGUGCAGGUCAACAGACGUAUUAAGGAGCGGGAGGGUUACGCUCCUGGCACCGCCCACCAUCGCUGCAAAGAGAUGUCGGAGUUCACCAGCUCAUUGUGCAAAGACCUCUACCUUUUCCCCAAGUACCAACCCCAGUAUUGAUAAGCAAAUAUGCACAUACACAGAUAAACACACGCAGACCAUUCCUUGCAUUGAAGCCACUCAGUAAGGGCAAACGACUGUUCAUUCCACUCCAAUUACUGCCACACAUUCACACAUUCCUCUGUUACAACUUCAUGACCAAACAGAGGAUUUAUUCAUUCGUAUUUUCUGUGUAAAUACUGCCUCCUCAGACAUGCACGAACACACAUGCAUGCAUACUGUAUAUUCGCACAAAUCUUGGAAAGAAAAAAAAGGAGCGAGCUUAUGUUAAUCUACAUGUACUCGGAAAUGGGCAACGUAUUAGCAUACAAUUUACUCAUGUCUCUGUGUGUCUGCGUCUAUGCCAGUUAGAGGGAUAAGUUUAUAAUCCUUUUUAGUCAGACAGAAUCGAAUUUUGUUCGUUUUCUUACCGCACAGCUACUUUGAGGUUUCACUCUCUCUUUUUAAAAUGUAUUUUGUACACAGAUCUAUUUUCGUGGCUUUAUUUUGUAUGAAAUUGUUUUUAUAUGGAUUUUUUAAGCCCAUUCGCUUUAUUUGUAUAUAAUGUUUGUUAUGAGUUGAGACCAUUUCUUGUUUUUAGCAUAGUGACAGGCAGGGGGCAGCACAGCAGAGAUAAAUGCAUUUCAUCGUCUGUCUUGCAUCAAUAUUAUUCAUAUUUCCAGUUCAAAAUAGUCUUUACUGUCAUGAUUGCAGACAGCUUUCAUUUUAGGUAUAGUCGGCUACGGUGAUGAUUAAACGGUAAAGUCUCUGCAACAGGUUUUUUUUCAACCUGCUCUCGUCAGAGAAGUUCACUUUUUUUUUCUCACAUAGUUUUCUUAUGAAGAGGAAAUUAACCUACAGGGCAGCUUCAAAACAAAACCUGGAAUUGUUUAAUUUUUUAUUUUUUAUUUUUUUCGCUUUCGUUUGUUGAUGUUCAAUCAGGAAAAUUCAGCUUUUCAUAAAGAGCACCCACUGUAAAUAUCAGCUGUGUUACUGUAGAUGUGUCCCUGUCAGGGUGGUGGGCUGCCAGGGGAAUGUGGUGCUACUUGUGGGGUCUUCCACCUUCAGUGUGAACUCUGACCUUUACGCUAACCCUGACUCCUAAUAGUGUUUCUCCCUCUGUGUGGGAGCUGCACGUCUAGUUAGUCCCCCAACUGUUUUUGUGGUGUUUUACUGUAGCUGAUACAGUAAAGAUAAAACGUGUAUUUCACAUGUCUUCCGUAAACGAUAUGCAGUUUUCUACAGCAGCCUGUGCCAUGUGAGGAUGAUCUAUUAGAUGAAUUUAUGACCAUAGAGCUUUCACAGUAUAUUGUAUCUCUUUGGCACACACACACACACACACACACACACAGAGAAAUCAAUUUCUCAAGGCUGUGUGAGUAUUGAUGUUUCCCAGAAAAGCCCUGAUCAAGCAAAGUGUGUUUUGUUACAACAGUGUUGUAGUGAAGGAAACGGAGUAUAUGGUUGAAACAAUAUUGAUUGUUAACCAUCUGUAAACAAGGAUGCUUUUAAGCUGCAUGUGAGGUGCUAGAAGGGUAGAAUUUACCCUGGUCUGGAAGUUGCUCACCUUUCUUAUCCUUUUGGUUCUUGUAAUUAUUGAAACACAAACAUUGGAGUAGUAUAAAAGGGUUACGCUCCUGGGUCGAGAUGUGUUGAAGGUUGUUGCCAAGCUCUGCUGAGGUGCAGAGUUUAGGGGGCUGGAGAGAGAUUUUAUUUUUGUCGAUACCAAUGACUGCCAAAUGUUCUAUACAAUAAACAAGCCGUGGUUUUUAAACAAGA